AUGUCUUCCGUCAUUGGCGUCUCCUCCCUGUACUUGACCGCCCCCGCCGCUAAGCCCCUGCUCAAGGUGGCGGCAACCGCGGCGCCUUCUUCCUGCUUCUGUUCCCCGAGGAGCGGCCCGCGGAGCCGGGAGCUUGCUAUCUCUGCAGUCGCUACUACUACCCCUACCUCCGUCCUCAGUGAGGAGGCCUUCAAGGGGUUCGAGGGGCGCCCCUUCACAGAGUCUCCACUCGAGGAGCAUCUGGAGGACGUAGAUGAGGAGGUGUUUGACGAAGAAGACGGGGAGGUGGUCUUUGGCUCCGAGAGAGACAGCGUCGACGGUGACGAGCUCGCAGUUUCCAACUUGGGGCUGCCGCAGAGGCUGGUGAAUUCCCUCACGAAGCGGGGAAUCACCCGCCUCUUCCCCAUUCAGGUUUAGACGUUGUCUCCUCUUUUGUACCAUGAAUCUCUCGCCUCCUAGCUUCAUUACGCCCAUCAACAGACAAUUUCCUUCGUGACAAGACCUGAUAUGCUCUGCUACAUGGUUUCAUCCUUUCCUAUCAAUUACAAGUGUAGAGCUUUUUCGUCGCAUCCGCAGAAACUUUUCCGCAUGUUCUGGCGUUGAUUUUUUGUCUCAAAGUUGAGGGUUUUUUUCAGUCCUUGCCCAAAAUAUCCUACAUACAUUCUUGUCUCUGUAGCAUGCUUAAAAUAUACUUUGCACAGAAUUAGACGUUGAAUUUUUCAUGCUUCAAAAAAUCCUUAUCGUACCCUCCUUAUUAUCGGUAUCUUGGCUUCAUCAUGCUGUUUGCAAAGCCACCGCUAAAGGCUAGUAUUGGAAAAGUAUAUUUCUCUUAUGGGCCUGUUAUGCAAUCGCGUUGUGGGACUGUGAUGCUGUUAUUUUUUCAUCGACUGUUAUCAUGUCUCCUUGUCUUAUCUGGAAAUAUUUUUCACGUCCAGUCAGGAUUCUUGUUCGCACCUCUGUCUGUAUAUCCAUCUAUUACAGAGAGUUUUGAAGGCCAUUUUUUUUAUUAUUUCCUGAAUCCGUUGAUAAGAAUUGGUUAUCGUUGCUCUACCAAUCAUUGCAGCCUGCCCAAUCAGUAAUAAUCGUUCACCAUACAGCGUUCAUCUGGUAGCAUUAUUCUCCUCUCUUUCUUCGUUGUCGUUUAUUAACUUGAGCUUGGUGUUAUUUCCUGGGGUGCUUUUAUUCGUUGGGAGCAUCUCCCCCUUGUCCUGUUGCAUCCAUCAGCUGUUCUUGACACGAUGUAUCUUGCUCUGCAGAGGGCUGUGCUUUUACCCGCUCUGGAGGGUCGAGAUAUCAUCGCUCGGGCAAAGACUGGAACGGGCAAGACUCUGGCCUUUGGAAUUCCGAUCAUCAAGAAGCUCACUGAGGCUGAUGAAGAGAGAAUUAUGACGAGGUAGUCCUGCACCCAGAGUGUGAAAGAACUUUGAUCAGCCCUUCCUGCUUGCCCUUGAGUUUUAUUUUUUUUAAUUUCUCUCUGUAGACAGACAGGGCGGCUUCCUCGUGUGCUGGUGCUAGCACCCACCAGAGAGUUGGCCAAGCAAGUAGAAAAGGAAAUCAAAGAAUCGGCUCCCUAUCUUAGCACUGUCUGUGUCUACGGAGGGGUUUCUUACAAUCUCCAGAAGAAUGCAAUAACUCGUGGGGUUGACGUGGUGGUGGGAACUCCUGGGCGCAUUAUUGACCUCGUAAACAGUUCUAGCCUCAAGCUGAGCGAAGUUCAAUUUUUGGUUCUUGAUGAAGCCGACCAGAUGCUUGCUGUUGGGUUUGAAGAGGAUGUUGAAGUCAUAUUGGAUAGGCUCCCAAGGGAACGCCAGAGUAUGCUUUUCUCAGCAACAAUGCCAGGAUGGGUUAAGAAGUUGUCAAGGAAGCACCUGGAUAAUCCUCUGACGAUUGAUCUGGUAUGUAUUAUUUUCGUGCUAUCUGCCUCUGAUCGGGGAAUUGGAAUUAGGAGAUGUGAAUUGCAACAUUUUCAUGCGAUUCCAUAUUUUUCCUUUUUUUUCCGGCUACACUGUUGUUUCAUCCUGUUUUUUUUCUUUUUGUGGGGUAGUACAGGUGGGUGAUGAUGAAGAAAAGCUUGCAGAAGGCAUCAGGCUUUAUGCAGUGCCGGCUACAGCAUCAAAGCGUGUCAUUCUCAGUGAUCUUAUUACGGUAUACGAUAAAAUCAUCUUUUCGAUUUUACCAAGAAUUAAAUAUAGCUCAGUUCUCAUCCCGCGGAAUUCUUCCCUGUGGUGCUAUCAUUCCUCAGUAUAUUUUAUAUUUUAUGGCUGCUAUAAUGUGAUAUCUGCUCUUCCAUGAAGAAACUUGGAUACAACUUCAGAGUGUUAGUUGUUAAAUUACUGUUGUGAUGUCUGCAGGUCUAUUCAAAAGGUGGGAAGACCAUUGUUUUCACACAGACAAAGAGAGAUGCCGAUGAAGUGUCAACAGCUUUGUCCAGUAGUAUUGCUUCUGAAGCAUUGCAUGGGGACAUAUCUCAACAUCAGCGUGAGAGAACCCUGAAUGGCUUCCGUCAAGGGAAGUUCACGGUCCUCGUCGCAACUGAUGUUGCUGCUCGUGGACUCGACAUCCCUAAUGUUGAUCUGGUGAGUAUUUUGGGAACGCUUUGUUUCAUUUUUUUUAUUUAAUUAUAAAAUAGCGCCAGUUGAAAGGCUUAAAUCACCAUUUGAUACCAUCAAAGGAAUUUUUCAUCCAUCACUACUUUGGAGAGUAAAGGGGUGGCUAGUAUCUUGCGCUGCCCCACACCUGAACGUUUUCUUGCCUAUAAUUCAAUGCGUUCGUUUGCGGAAAUGACGCAUCAGUGUGAAUCCGGUGAGGCUGACCAAAAAUAAGUCAGAUUCAUUCGACAUAUAUGAUAUAAGGCCUGGCAGUGAUGGUGGUGAUGGUGAUAAUAAUGGUGGAUCCACUCAUUCCAUUUUCAUUCUCCCUAAAUUCUUCUUGUUGGGUAAUGAAAGGAAAUCAAUGGCCCACUUCUUCUACAGGCCACAAGAUGCCUCGGGUUUAGGGUUUAGGUGUUUAGCAUGUUUCUCUUUGAUUCAAAAAUAUUGUGUUACGUAACAUCUUCCUUUUUACGGUUACAAAACAUCUGGUUAGUAGUUUUAUCGUAUGAUAUACCUGCUGGCUCUCCCCUAUAGCUCAGCUUUCUCCUUACUGAUUGUGUCAUGUAAAUAUUCGACUGUUAUGAAUGCUCAUUGCUCAUGGAGUUUUGAUUACCUUUGUUUCCCCGCUCUCUAACUAUAAUCCAGAUUAUUCACUAUGAGCUACCAAACGAUCCGGAGACAUUUGUUCAUCGGUCUGGCCGAACAGGGCGUGCUGGCAAGGAAGGAACUGCCAUUCUUAUGUUCACUGGAAGCCAGAGGCGAACAAUCAAAUCUCUGGAGCGUGAUGUAGGAUGCCGAUUCGAGUUCAUCAGCCCACCAUCUGUGCCGGAGGUUCUGGAAUCGUCAUCAGAGCAGGUUGUCGCUACUUUGCGGGGCGUACACCAAGAAUCAGUGCGAUUCUUCCUCCCAUCUGCGGAAAAAAUGAUGCAAGAAAGAGGCCCAGAAGCCCUUGCUGCGGCAUUAGCUCAUUUAAGCGGUUUUUCUCAACCUCCUUCAUCACGUUCCAUUGUCAGCCACGAGCAGGUGAGUUCCUGCUCCUUCUUUCUUAAGAAGCCCUACUUAUUUUUUCUGGACCCCGAAAUAAAGCUGCUGAACUUUCAGUAGCUUCAUAUCGAAAUGGAAAGCAACAUUCUUUGUUACUUCCCAUGUAAAUGGAUUUUCUGGUGUACAGCCACUUAAACUCGCUUUUUUCCUUCCAAAUUAUUGAUCAUUUAAACGUCAACGAUCCGUGGCAUAUGGUGUAUGUGCUUGGCGGACUAUAUGUUAUGUGAGACCACUAUGUAGGUUAUGGUUGAUGAUUGCACCUGUAGAAUAAGAACAAUACACAGCCAUCCUUUCUUGAACAAUCUUCAUGAAUAUUUCACCAGAGAUUCUAUUGUGCUGUUCACAGGGAUGGGUGACAUUGCAGCUGACGCGCGAUCCUGAUUAUUCGAGAGGAUACCUGUCGCCAAGAUCUGUCACUGGUUUCCUCUCUGACGUCUACCCUCCAGCUGCCGACGAGGUUGGAAAGAUUUACAUGAUUGCUGGUGAUAAGGUGCGUGCAUACUACUAUUCAUUUGAAAUUCGAUGGUGGCAGAACUCUCCUCCAUUUCUUGAUUAAGAAAAUAAUUAAGAAAAAGGAAAAUUCAUACCUUUUAUUUGAUGAAUAUUGGCCACAGAUUUAUUUUCUGUAUGCUUUCAUUAAUAAUUGGUCGAUGCCAUGCAUAUGAAGGUAAAAUAAAACAUUAUCUAAAAUGUGGAUCCCAUGUGGAUCCCAUUUGAAUGAAAUAAUUCUGGACUGCACUUAGCUGAGGUUCUUAGCGGCGAGAAUUUGGCAGAUGCAUGAUCAGUGGGUUGACCGAUGCAGCCGCUAGAAGCAGCUACUAGAAGCAGCUGCUGGGGUUUCCCUUCUCAUUACUUGGUUUUCUAGUUUUCUUGGAAUUUCCCUUCACGAAUUUGGGCAGCGGACCGACUACAGCCGUUCAAGCCCAACUGUAUGGUUGACUUAGAAACUGGUUGCUUGUCCAGGUCCAAGGAGCUGUCUUUGACUUGCCUGAGGAGAUUGCGAGGGAGCUGCUUUCAAGGCAGGUGCCACCCGGGAACACUUUAUCGAAGAUAACAAAGGUGAGUUCUUCAUCCCAUGAUUCAUCUCCCCCUCUCAAAUGUCUCUGCUGACAUCACAGAGUGUUCAUUUUAAGUAAACUGUCCACAAAUUUUGGAACUUUCUGUGACAUUUUGGAGCUUUCCUCCCCCCACCGCGCCUCUGUAGCUGCCUGCAUUGGAGGAUGACGGCCCUCGAGGAGACAAUUACGGCAAAUUCUCAAACCGCGAGGGUGGUGGCCGGAGAGGUUCAAGGGGGAGAUCCUCGAGGGGUUCGGGGGGCUGGGGGGGCAGCCGUGGCUCCGGCGAGGAAGACAGCUUUCGCCAUGGCGGCCGCAGCUUCAAAUCUGAUGACAGCUGGACAUGGAGCUCCUCCAAGCAUGGCAGAGAUGACCGGCCGGUAGACGGAAGGCGGCCCAACAGCGGGUUGGGGUCCUCAGGAAGUAGAGACAGGUAUUUACUUGCACUUGUCAGAUAUAAUGGCACAUUGUGUGGAACCUGUUUAAGUCUCCUGGUAAUGUUUGACUUUCAUUUAUUCUUGCAAAACUCUCUUCGCUGA